AUGAGAAGAAAGGCGUCUUAUCGAAUAUUGGCCGAUACCUUCAGGGAUUUCACCGAGCAGACUAGCAUACACGGUCUCAAAUACGUGUGUCAGAGAAACAUAAGUUUGUCGGAAAGAAUAUUUUGGGCUCUGGUAACAUUUUGUGGUGUAGCAAUGGCAAUCUUCAUGACGACAUUGUUCUGGAAUAGAUAUACCAGUAACCCAACGAGGACAACAAUAACCACCUUGCAUGCACCAACACUUGCUAUGCCUUUUCCUGCGGUAACAAUCUGUAAUGAAAACCUGGUUCUUGAAUCCAAAGUGAGGACUUUUGUCAAAACCCUGAAAUACGACAACAUCAGUGAAGACGAUUUAGUUGAUUUGUUCUUUCAACUACAAGCUUUCACCAACUCCGAUCAAGUGUACUGGAAUUUACAGGACCUGAAGUCACUACAUUUUUUAAUGAGUGAGAACAAAUACAACUUGGAGGAUGUCUUGCGAGAAGUUGGACCGAAUUGUAAAGAGAUGUUAAUGAGCUGCCAAUGGAAUUUCAGGAUAGUGAAUUGCGUAGAGGUUUUUAGGGAUACUUACACAAAAUUGGGAUUAUGCUGUACUUUCUAUGGGCAUUGGAGGCUGAGCUCAAUUCUUGAAAAGAUGAAGUGUUUGUUUCUCAACAGGUUGAAGAAUAAACGAACCUAUACUGACAACUAUGGAACUGAAGGAACAUUGUCAUUGGUCAUAAAUCCAAAAAUUGAGAAAAAUACCUAUAUCCAAGGCGCUGGCUUGAGGAUUCUCUUCCACGAUGCCCUCAGUUAUCCAGAUUUUCGAGCAUUGAAGAAGAUUAUAACCACCGGUACCCAAACUCAGAUACAGAUCUUCGGAACCAAGAUACUAUGCAGUUCAGGAGUGUCAGAGCUAUCUCUGGAACAAAGAGGCUGUGUAUUUCCAGGAGAGGUGAAAGUGAAACACUUCUCCACAUACUCUGAUGCAAAUUGUCUCAUAGAAAAAGAAGCUUAUGAACUCAUGGAUGCUUGUGGCUGUGUCCCAUAUUACUACGAUUUUUCAGAAUUUCCCAAGUGUAACAUCCUUCAGCUUCCCUGUUUCAUCCAGGCUUCAACCAGAAACGGAAGCUGGCAAGAUUUUAGUAAUGAUUGUCCGGCUUCAUGCGAGGAUACUCUGUAUGAGGUGAAAACAACCCAGGUCAAGUUGGAGAAAGGAGAUUUCUAUUACAUUCAUUCUAGAGAUUACAUCGAAAACCUAGAAGAGCAUACCACCCAGCUCAAGAUAUAUUUCGUGAAAUUCCAAAAAAUCCUUCAACGGGACCUCUUAUUCUCAACGGUGAGCCUGAUUGCAUCUUUCGGAGGCAUAUACAGUCUUUUCAUAGGUUGCAGCGUAAUAACAAUUUGUGAAAUAAUCUACUACUGUACCCUGAGGUUGCUGGUUAAGAAACACAUCUCGGAAAGGCAAAUUGAUUCGAGGAAAUGAGGCCUUGCAACUUUUAUUCUGUUAUUUAUUUAUUGUAUGCAGCAGGAUAGAAUUCGUUCUUUUUAAUGUUCGAGACUUUAUACACAGUUUUACGUUUUAGACUUGAAGAAGCUUCCCAAUUUUUGCAGUUAACUGCCAUU